GUGAGAAGAGUUUAUAAUCUCGAGAAAUCUUUUUGGGCGACGUUGUUUGCUCGGAGCUCUUUCUCCGAUUUGUCUCCAUUUUCGGUGAUUUAAAGUUAGGAUUUGGCUGUGGAGAUGUCUUCACUUACCUCCGUCGAAUUGAAUUUUCUGGUUUUCCGAUAUCUUCAGGAAUCAGGGUUUACACACGCUGCAUUCACUCUAGGUUAUGAGGCAGGGAUUAAUAAAUCCAACAUUGAUGGGAAUAUGGUUCCACCUGGUGCUCUUAUCAAAUUUGUUCAGAAAGGUCUUCAGUACAUGGAGAUGGAAGCUAAUUUGAGCAAUAGUGAAGUGGACAUUGAUGAGGAUUUCUCAUUCUUUCAACCCUUGGAUCUGAUUUCAAAGGAUGUAAAGGAACUGCAGGAUAUGCUGAGGGAAAAGAAGAGGAAAGAGAGGGAUAUGGAGAAGGAAAGAGACAGAUCUAAAGAAAACGAUAAAGGGGUUGAACGAGAACAUGAAGGAGAUCGCAACCGAGCUAAGGAAAAGGAUAGGCACGAGAAGCAGAAGGAACGAGAGAGGGAAAGGGAAAAAUUGGAACGUGAAAAGGAGAGGGAAAGAGAGAAGAUAGAACGAGAAAAGGAACGGGAAAGGGAGAAGAUGGAACGGGAAAUAUUUGAGAGGGAGAAGGAUAGAUUGAAAUUAGAGAAAGAAAGAGAAAUAGAACGGGAGAGGGAAAGAGAGAAGAUAGAGAGGGAAAAGAGCCAUGAAAAACAGCUUGGAGAUGCUGAUAGGGAAAUGGUUAUUGACCAAACUGACAAAGAAAUUGCUGGGGAUGGUUCUACAGGCGCAGAACCUAUGGAUAUUGUUAUGACUCCCACAUCUCAGACAAGUCACAUUCCUAAUUCUGAUGUGAGGAUUUUGGAAGGGCAUACUUCUGAGGUUUGUGCUUGCGCAUGGAGUCCCUCAGCUUCACUUCUUGCGUCAGGGUCUGGUGAUGCAACAGCGCGAAUCUGGAGUAUUCCGGAAGGAUCAUUCAAAGCUGUGCAUACUGGUCGUAAUAUCAACGCUUUAAUCCUGAAGCAUGCAAAAGGCAAGUCAAACGAGAAGAGCAAGGAUGUGACCACUCUUGACUGGAAUGGUGAAGGGACUUUACUUGCAACUGGUUCAUGUGAUGGCCAAGCAAGAAUCUGGACUUUAAAUGGUGAACUGAUAAGUACUCUUAGCAAACACAAGGGACCUAUUUUUUCCCUUAAGUGGAACAAGAAGGGGGACUAUCUUCUAACCGGUAGUGUUGAUAGAACUGCUGUUGUUUGGGACGUAAAGGCAGAGGAGUGGAAGCAACAAUUUGAAUUUCAUUCAGGUCCAACACUUGAUGUUGAUUGGCGCAACAAUGUAUCUUUUGCAACGAGUUCCACGGACAGCAUGAUCUACUUAUGUAAGAUUGGAGAAACUAGGCCUGCCAAAACCUUUACUGGGCAUCAGGGUGAGGUCAACUGUGUGAAAUGGGAUCCUACUGGUUCAUUAUUGGCCUCAUGCUCAGAUGAUAGUACUGCUAAGAUAUGGAAUAUAAAACAAAGCACCUUUGUUCAUGACCUCCGAGAGCAUACUAAGGAAAUUUAUACAAUCAGAUGGAGCCCUACAGGACCAGGAACUAACAAUCCUAACAAACAGCUAACUCUUGCAAGUGCAUCAUUUGACUCAACAGUAAAGCUAUGGGAUGCAGAACUCGGGAAGAUGCUCUGUAGUUUCAAUGGACACAGGGAACCGGUUUACUCACUGGCGUUUAGUCCAAACGGGGAGUACAUAGCGAGUGGGUCUUUGGACAAAUCGAUACACAUAUGGUCGAUUAAAGAAGGUAAAAUCGUAAAGACAUACACAGGAAAUGGAGGGAUAUUCGAAGUGUGUUGGAACAAAGAAGGUAACAAAAUCGCAGCUUGCUUCGCUGAUAACUCAGUUUGCGUUCUUGAUUUCAGAAUGUAGUUUUCUUAAUUGUAGUCCUAAUAACACUCUCUCAGUCCAAGGUGUUUCUUUUUGUUGUUGCACAUAUCUAUAAGUUAUAACACUAAAUUCGAAAGAUGAAACUGUACUUGAGAUUAUUUUUGUUAUUUUAUCUAUCAUUGCAACU